AUGAGAGUUAAAUCAGCUGAGAAUUUUCUGUCUCCAUUCCUUACUAUGAAAACCAUAAGGAAGACUUAUGGUAUUUGUUUCAACCCUGUAAAUAGCAAAGAGUUCUGGGAACCAUCUGACCAAUUGAAACCUGAUCCACUUAGAAUUGUGAGGCCUGCUGGUAGACCAACUAAGAGGAGAAAGGAAGCAGUUCAACCUCCUGCACCUGUCGAUGGCAACAAAGUCAGAAGGACCUUCCAUGUUACUUGCAGCAAAUGUGGAGAGAAAGGGCACUACUUCAAAACAUGCAAGGGAGCCCCUAAAAAUCCUAACCGGUAG